AAUCUUCGCCCAAGGGACACCGCGCGGUGCAGGUCCGCGCCAGGGCAUGCCUCCCCCUCUCCCCGCCACCCGUCACCUGCUGGCCCCAGCCCCCUACACGGAGGCAGAAACAGACAAUGAGACUGCUUGUGCGCUUCCAAAAUCAAACCAAAAAAAACCACCCUGGAGUACAUGCCAGAUAGAGUGCUUGGAAGUGAUGGGGUUAACCCGGGAGAGCUUCGCGGAGGAGAUCAUGGCUCAUGUGGACGAAGCAGCGCGCCGGUUGUCCAAAACGGGGUCAACCCUCUAUGCUGUGCUGGAGCUUAAGAAGGGCGCCUCACCUGAAGAUGUCAAAAAGGCCUACAGGAGACUGGCCUUGAAGUAUCAUCCAGACAAGAAUCCAGGGGACCCUCAAGCAGCAGAAAUAUUCAAGGAGAUCAACACAGCCCACUCCAUACUGAGUGACCCUAAGAAGCGGAAAAUUUACGAUCGGCAUGGCUCAUUGGGAAUAUAUAUAUACGAUCACUUUGGUGAAGAAGGAGUCACGUACUAUUUUACGCUGAACAGUUGUUGGUUCAAGAUGCUUGUCCUCCUGUGUGCUCUGCUCACCUGUUGUUGUUGCUGCUGCUGCUGCUGUUUUUGCUGUGGAACGCUGAAGCCACCACCCGAGGAAGCAGCUAAGAAAAAAUAUGAGCCAAAUGUCCAGAGCCAGCCUCCAAGGUCAGGUGCUGACCCAGUGAGGGUACCUUCCGCUGCCCAGUCCACUGGACUCGGUGAAGGGAGGAGCAAGUAGCCCUGUCCUGACACUGACCCUGAUUUGUCCCUCUACUUGUAAGACUCCCAUCUUCAGAAGCAUUGAUGGCAUCCAUCCCAGCGAGGAUGCCAUCUUUGUCCUUGAUGGUAUCACUGACCCUGGCCACACAGGGCCACCCAGCUAUUCUUUUUAGCUCCAGUCCCAAUUUUAAUCUGUUAGAGAGCAGCCCUC